AUGAGUUACACAGUCGCUUUCGUUGGUUCGCUACUGCUCGCUAUUGUCGUCUCCAAGUACUUGAAAACAUCCGAGUCCAAGCUCGACGCCAUUCCAACAGUUGGACCAAAUGGUCUUUUCUCGUAUUAUUGGGGUGCUUUUAAAUACAAUCUUCGUGCUCAUGAGAUAAUACAAGAAGGGUAUUCUAAGUAUAAAGGCAAGGCCUUCAAAAUUGCCAACUGGUCCGGUUGGGAUAUUAUUGUGAGCGGCCCUAUGCUUAUAGAAGACAUGAAAAAAGCUCCAGAUGGUCACAUUUCAACCAUCGGAGCUGUCAGCUGUAAUCUGAAAGUGGACCGCACGACAACAUAUCAGGUAGCUCAACUCGCUCGUAGUCUAGAUGCUCAGUUGGCAGACAUUCGAGAUGAAAUUACGACUUCCUUCGUUGAUGUCCUUCAACUGAAGGGUAACGAAUGGGUAAGCAUACCUGCCAUGGAUGCUAUCCACCAAAUCAUAUGUAGAACGAGUAAUCGUGCUCUUGUUGGCCUCCCUCUAUGCCGUGAUCCCGAAUGGAUAGCUCUUAACCUGCAAAUCACCACUGACGUAAUCAAAGAAGCAGUUGCAACUCAUCUCUUACCUAGUUUCAUGGCGCCGUAUGUUGUUAUUCCAUUUAUGACGGAGGCUGGUAGCUUGGGGCGCGGGAUCAAGAUUUUACGACCUAUCGUAGAGGAACAUCAGAGGUGCUUGGAUGAGUAUGGGAGUGGUUGGGCUGAAAAACCGAACAACAUGCUGUCUUGGAUCAUGGAUGAAGCAAAGGGAGAAGAGCGCUCAGUACGAAACCUUGCCAUACGUAUCAUGACAAUUAAUUUUACUGCGAAUUCUGAUUCAUCGAUGGUUUUCACACAUGCACUGUUCUAUUUAGCUGCAUACCCUCAGUACAUUAAUCAGCUACGCAAAGAAGUCGAAACUGUGAUAGAAGAAGAUGGCUGGUCCAAGGAUGCAUUGGCAAGAAUGCACAAGGUAGACAGCUUCUUGAAGGAAACACUGAGACUCGAGUGUAUUGGUUUUGUGUCUAUGCUGCGCAAGGCUAUGAAGGAUUUCACGUUUUCUGAUGGUACGGUCGUACCGGCUGGAAGUCUCAUUUCUAUUGCCUCUUUUCCCACACACCUCGACAAUGAGAUAUACAACAACCCCAAUGCUUUCGAGCCGUUCCGUUUUGCCCCUGAAGAUGGAGAAGGGAUAAACCCAAGGAACCAAAUGACAUCUAUCAACUCGGAGUACUUGCCUUUCGGAUUGGGAAGGCAUGCCUGUCCAGGACGAUUCUUCAUUUCCAAUGUGAUGAAAGCCAUGCUUGCGCACAUUGUUGUGACAUAUGAUACCAAACUCGAGGAUAAAGGUGUACGACCUGCCAACGUAACAUACGGUGUCAUGUCGUCGCCUAACCCAAAGGCGAAGGUGGUGUUCAGGAAGCGCUUGCCAUAG